UACCACCAUUUACCUUCCUAACCUCACCGUCACCGGACAUCUGAUACUGCGGCGGCUGUACAAGUUACAAUGAAGCCUAGAAGUAUUCGCUGUAUUAAGUUCUUUCUUGCCCUCUUCAAUAUUAUCUUUAUUCUUUUUGGUCUCGUACUGAUGGCAGUUUCUGUGAUAAACAUGCGUGAGCGCAAGUCUGUGCCCGAUCAGCAAUCUACGCUCUCCCGAGGAGUGCUGUCCUUCCUCCUCACGCUCGGUGUCGGGCUGGUGGUGACGGCUGUGCUGGGAUGCAUUGGUGCUUUGCGAGAAAAUAUUAAGAUACUUUACUUGCACGCCUGUUUCCUGAUAUUCCUGGUUACCGUGGAAGUCAUAGUGGGAGUCGGUGGCGCAGUGCUUAGCGCUUGGGUGGGGGGUUCCAGCGGGCUCAGCGUACACUUCUAUAAGAACACCACAGUUGAAGACAUAGAGGGCUCUAAUCAGAAGAUGUUUUGGGAUAAUUUGCAAUCCGAGAAUCAAUGCUGUGGCGUAGAAGGGCCUGAAGAUUAUGCAAUCUUGGACCGAGAGAUCCCCGCGUCUUGUUGCUUACGCGCACACCCCCUCCGCGAGGGUGGAGCCCGCCGCCAUCUACAUACGACUUGCUUGAACGAUAAAUCAUACUACUUGAAAGGCUGCGAGGAAGUGCUAAGACAGAAGAAGUCGUUUCGGGGAAACAUAUUCAUAACGACCGUCGUCAUAUUUGUAUUGCUGGAGAUUAUUUGCAUCAUACUUGCUUUAUGGAUGGCUAGGUCUGUUCGAAUCGAGCGUCGUAAGCUGCAGCAGAAUUUACAAGCACAUUUUGAAUCGUAAUUAGUUAUAGUUACAUAUUUUUAUAUAUACGUCACCUAUUGUGUUCAAUUCACAUCGCACAUCUAACGCAAAUGUUUAAUUAUAUGUACUGCUCUAAUUACGAUUAUCUGGAAGAGGACAGAACAGGGAAACCGUGGAACCAAAAUUCAGAUUAUCAUGGCGAACGAUCCAGUCACCAGUCGAA